AUGAAGAAGUUACUGGUUACUUUCUGUUUGCUAUUUCCGCUUUUAGAAUCGGGGCAAUUAAUGAGUUCUCGAAACAAAGUUUUAUCCAGGAAAAGGAGAUAUUUGACUUUUCCCGAAGGUGCUAGCGUUUCGACAGCCGUGUGUAUGACGUCUCAGCUUUGGAUAAAUCCACCAGGUAUAUUUACCGAAAGUAUAGCUUGGGGUUUUGCGUAUGAUUUGCCUAACGAUACAAAGUCCAUUGGAAGCUUCUUAGGACCUAAAUUUCUUGCAAAGAGACGCCACAGAAGGGAUCUUUAUGGAAAAAUGGAAACAAUAAUGGAAUCGUAA